AGCCCUGGGGUCCCUCGCCUCCCCCCACCUCACAUGUGGCAGUUCUUGUUUUGCAGGUGCAGCCGGGUGUGUAGCAACGUUGCUCCAUGAUGCGGCCAUGAACCCUGCAGAAGUGGUCAAACAGAGGAUGCAGAUGUACAACUCGCCUUACCAGCGUGUGACGGACUGUGUGCGGGCUGUGUGGCGCAACGAAGGGGCCGGAGCUUUCUACCGCAGCUACACCACCCAGCUCACCAUGAACAUCCCCUUCCAAGCCAUUCACUUCAUGACCUACGAGUUCUUGCAAGAGCAGCUCAACCCCCACAGACAGUACAACCCAGGCUCCCACGUGGUCUCCGGAGCCUGCGCAGGGGCUGUCGCUGCUGCUGCCACUACGCCUUUGGACGUUUGCAAAACAUUGCUCAACACCCAGGAGUCCCUGGCCUUGAGCUCCAACAUCAGUGGACACAUCACAGGCAUGGCCAAUGCCUUCAGGACGGUGUACCAAGUGGGCGGAGUGACCGCCUACUUCAGAGGGGUCCAGGCGAGAGUCAUUUAUCAGAUGCCCUCAACAGCGAUCGCCUGGUCCGUGUACGAGUUCUUCAAAUACAUCCUCACCAAGCGCCAGGAGGAGCGGCGGGCUGGGAAGUGAGCCAGAGCCGAACGCCGUUCCAGACCUGCUUCACCUCCCCUCCUGGUUUGUCUUCUGACCCCUCUCCCUUUCGGUUUGGUUUGUGUGGAAGAGAGGGGGCAGCAAAGCCCUUUGGGGCUUAGCGAUGCCAUUUCUUGCCUGUGGCUGCUGCAGCUCUGCUCAGGCUGCACGCCUUGCUCUCUGCCAGGGUCCUCCGAGAUGUCCCGCUGGGAGCUGCAGCCCAGGUCGUGUUCCCUGGCACUUCGGUGGAGCUGCGCUCCUGUCCUUCCCUUAACGAAAACCUCCUCUCACGCAAAGCUCACCCCUCCUCAGAGGGGGGAAGGUGAAGGUCCUACCCUGCCUCUGGCGGGGCCAAGCUGAGCUCGCAGUCGCCAAGGAGGGGGCGGUGGCACUGCCCGGGAUGCUGGCAGCUCUGUCAGGCUUCUGGCUGACGCGAAGUGUAAGCCUUGCCGUUGUCUUGUAGCACGCACAUGUGACACUGACUGCCCCGGUGGUGGUGGGAGGGGGAGGAUGGCACUUGAGGAGGGGAGCCGUAGGUUUGUUAUUGUUCCUGCUCUUGACACCUCCAAUAAAAACAGUUCUGCUC